CUGUCCGGACUUCCGGUUGGCUGUAGGUUCGAAUUCCGGGUUUCUUGGCUGGCGCGAGGAACCGGCGCUGCCGCCCGGGGACUGGGCCAUGGAUAAGCUGCGGCGAGUCCUCAGCGGCCAGGACGACGAGGAGCAAGGACUGACCUCGCAGGUCCUGGACGCCUCGUCCCUUAGCUUCAACACCAGGUUGAAGUGGUUUGCCAUCUGCUUUGUCUGCGGCAUCUUUUUUUCUAUGCUUGGAACUGGAUUGCUGUGGCUUCCAGGUGGCAUAAAGCUUUUUGCAGUGUUCUAUACCCUUGGAAAUCUUUCUGCAUUAGCCAGCACAUGCUUUUUAAUGGGACCCUUGAAGCAACUGAAGAAAAUGUUUGAGACAACAAGAUUGCUUGCAACAAUUAUUAUGCUUCUGUGUCUCGUGCUUACCCUGUGUGCUGCUCUUUGGUGGCAUAAGAAGGGUCUGGCCUUACUAUUCUGCAUAUUGCAGUUUUUAUCAAUGACCUGGUAUAGCCUAUCAUACAUCCCAUACGCCAGGGAUGCAGUUAUGAAAUGCUGUUCUUCUCUCCUAAGCUGAAAAUCAGAAACUCCUGGAAAAGAACAUUAGAAUGUAGAUACUCUGUUGCUUUUCUCAAUAAAAUAACUCCCAAAACACUGCAUAACAGUUUAAGGCCAUUUUGUACUAAGACUGUUUUGUAUACUGGUAAAAACUACAUACUUGAUUAAACUGUUAAAUGCUUGUAACUUUAA